AUGUGUAGUGCUGAAUCCGCCAGUAUCUUGAGACAAGGAAGUGUGGUCUCCUCAGGGGGUACCGUAGUGAGCAGCAGAACGGCUUCAGCACAUGAACACUGGAUCAACUUGCAAAUUCCCGGUGUCUGGCUUUAUCAUCUCUAUGGGUUUUGA